GGUGCCGCCGCCGCCGGUGCCGGGCAUGGCCCAGCUCGGCGCCAUCGCCGCCCUCGCCCUCGGCGUGGCGGCCGCCGCGCUGCUCUCGGCCGUGCACAAGAUCGACGAGGGGCAUAUCGGCGUCUACUACCGCGGCGGAGCGUUGCUGACCUCCACCAGCGGGCCCGGCUUCCACCUCAUGCUGCCCUUCAUCACGUCCUACAAGUCAGUGCAGACCACGCUGCAGACGGACGAGGUGAAGAAUGUCCCGUGCGGUACCAGUGGGGGAGUGAUGAUUUAUUUCGACAGGAUCGAGGUGGUGAAUUUCCUCAUCCAGAGCGCGGUGUACGACAUUGUCAAGAACUACACAGCUGACUAUGACAAGGCUCUCAUCUUCAACAAGAUCCACCACGAGCUGAACCAGUUCUGCAGCGUGCACACUCUGCAGGAGGUGUACAUCGAGCUCUUUGAUCAAAUUGAUGAAAACCUUAAACUGGCUUUGCAGCAAGACCUAACCACGAUGGCCCCUGGAUUAAUUAUACAGGCAGUUCGAGUGACAAAGCCAAACAUCCCUGAAACCAUCCGGAGGAACUACGAGCUCAUGGAGAGUGAGAAGACAAAGCUGCUGAUAGCAGCCCAGAAGCAGAAGGUGGUGGAGAAGGAAGCAGAGACAGAGAGGAAGAAAGCUCUGAUAGAGGCAGAAAAGAUUGCACAAGUUGCUGAAAUAACUUAUGGGCAGAAAGUGAUGGAAAAGGAGACAGAGAAGAGGAUUUCAGAGAUUGAAGAUGCUGCUUUUCUUGCACGAGAGAAGGCGAGAGCUGAUGCUGAGUGUUACACUGCAAUGAAGGUGGCUGAGGCCAACAAGCUCAAGUUAACUCCUGAGUACUUGCAGCUGAUGAAGUACAAGGCAAUUGCAGCCAACAGCAAGAUCUACUUUGGCAAAGAUAUUCCCAACAUGUUCAUGGACUCUGCAGGGAGCCAGAGCAAAUCUGCAGAGGGACUGGCAGAAGGAAUCCAAGAGGAGGACGGAGCAGGAACCAGUGAGGACACAAAACUACUUCAUAACAUCAACUGAAAAGAUUUCUAUUCAUUUUCUAUCAAAAAAUCACGAACUGGGAAAUUCCUUUUAGUUUUCUCCCUUUUCCUGUGCUGAAAGAGAUGAAUCAGAUUUAAUCCUUUCAAUCUUUUAUAUGACAAUUAGACACAAGGACUUUGGUAUUUAUGGGGUGGGUUUUCUGGUAAUUUCUAAGCUCCAGGUUUGUUCUGUAGCUGCACCUCCCCAGCUCUUGGGUCAUCCAGACCAAGGAUUUGGGAGAGGCUGUCAGGGCUAUCAGCUGGGUGGGAACCUCAUUUGGGAUUGAGGUGGUUCAGAGCAGUUGCAGCUAAAGAGAAGUUGAUGUUUUGGAAGGAGGGGAAUUGCUGCUACAACUUGUUGUAGGGGUUUUUUUCUUACUAAAAAUUCCAAGUACUUUAUUUCAAUCCCCUCUGAAAAUAAGGUGCUAGAUUUUGUACUUUACAUACAAGUGGCUGCUCCAGGCUGGGGCUGCUGAGCCCACAUGAGGUGACCCCAUGAGGGACAGAGGAGCCCUGCAGGUCCCACCCAUGGGGGGAUCAAAGCCUUAGACCACAUCACACUGAGAGUGACCCAAAAAUCUUCAUUUUCUGUGUCCUGACUGCUUUGUUUUCCAUUUGUCAUGUUGUGGGGCACAGGAGAGUUGUCCCAGCAGUUCAGCUGCAGCAUCCUGGAGUGCAGAGCUGGGUGAGAUUUUCAGUGAAACAAUGGAAAUUGUCACAAAAAAACAGAGAGAAAAGAAUUUUUGUCUCAGGGACCCUGACUUUACAAAAGGCCUUGCUGGGGAGGAGCUGCAGGAGAGUUUUUCAGUUUGUUAUCUGCUCUGUGGGAGCAGCUGGAUCUCAGUGUUUACAGUGUCUGACUAGAAAAAGAACCUUCAGGUGGAGCUGAAAUGAUCUCCUGUGGGAUUGGGGCUGACUGGACCUUGUGGAAGGAAGGACAAACCAUGAUCCUGGGACAAGCAGCUCUUCCUGAAGCACCCAAAGAUGGAUUCCCCUUCUUGUCUCAGAACACUUUUCCAGAAUGUACCUUCCCCUCCUGAGAGCUGAUCAGCUCCUCACAUCCCAGAUGCAAGGAGGGAACAGAGAUUUCUUUUCCACACAUGCAAAAUUGGAGGAUAAAAGUCCAGGCCUAGAGAGAACAUUUAUUUUUUCCCUACCCAAUCCAGCAGCAGAGCCUGGUGAUUAAUUGCUGAUGUAAUUAGAGGCCAGGAUGCUCUUCUGAGAUGAUGCCAGUGCUCCUGCCCCAAAUUUUUGCUGCCUGGUCUCACCUUUCAGUGUUCAAACCUUCAUCUCUCUGUGUUGCUCUGAGAGAGAGCUCAGGUGAAUCUCAGCUGCUGCCUCCAGGGUUUUUACAGCAGUUUUCUCUUCCCUGUUGAUGCUUGAAAAUGCAAAAUAGAAAUGAAGCAUUAGAGUCCCAUCCUCUUUGUAUUUCUUAGAAAAUAUGAACCUACAUCAGACUCAAUUCCCUCCCCAGGGAGGCUGUGAUAUUCCUGACUCAUAACUAGGUCUGUGCAGCCAGAUCCUAACAGGGAAUAGCAGAAAUUUCACCAUGAGGAUGAGCUCACUUGAGAUUGUUCUGUGUUCAUGCUUGAGGUUUCCAUCAGCAACUAACACCUCCUUUUACACAAGUAUUUUUCACUAAUGAAAGGAUCCUACUAAGCCAAAGUGGUAUUAUAAAGGCUUUUUUUUAAUGUGUGAUUUCACAGCAAGAUAAUAGCUUGGGAUAAAGAGCUCUUAAUGAUUUUUUUUAAUUAAAACCCUGACUGCUGAAGUAUUAGUGUAAUUUAGUUAAGUUGUUCUAAGAGUAAAAAAAGAAAAGCAAAGUUGAGAGUGUGUCAGUCUUCAUAAGCCAAAAUCCUUUGUUGUGUCUUCAUUCAGGUUUGUUCACUCUAAAAUGUUCUGAAUGUUCCAGAGUGGAUCAGUCUCUCCAUGUAAACCUUUAUUCCUCUGUUUUUAACAGGCAAGUUGUCCUGUUUAUGUAACCCUGAGAUGAAGAUCUGAACUUUAAACCCACUCUAUAGCAAAGGGAACAGAGGUUUGUGGCACUGCUGAGAGCUGGGAGCAUGGAAAUGCUCUGCCAGAGCAGUCCUUGAUCUUCUUAUGUACUGAAUUCAAAGCCUUUUUAUUUUGGUAUUUGCUAUGACAAUAAAAUGGCCUUCGAUUUUAGAA